UGAUGCAAACAAUGUAUGUCAAUGUGUGAGUGGUAUGCUGGUGGUGUGAGUGUGUGUGAAUACGUGUGUGUUAGACAAUGUGAAUCUUGUUAUUCCAAAUUUUUAGCUCUUUAAUAGGCAUUGUGAAUUAAAAUACGUUGCCCGUGUUGCUGCAGAACAAUUACAACAGUUUUCUAAAAACUUGAAAUCAGAAGAUGCGUCCAGUUCCAUUUGUUGUUGGCUUACAGUAGAUUUCAGGGAACAUUGGUCCACGGACGAAGAAAACGCGCGUUCCUUCGAGGAACUUUGUUCAUCUGAGGUUGGAGAAGUUUGCUGAGCAAAGAAAAACAAGACGUGAAAAGGCUCCUACCACAAACAUGCAGUUUGCUUCUUCAUUACCUUCUCUGGAACCGACCCCUCGUCCACCAGCUUCAGCUUUUGGACUAGUUACAGGAGUGAAUAAUGGAGAAGUUGCUAGUAGUUGGUUGCAAGUCCCUCCUACACAUAUGCCUUGGGGUAACCCUGCAGCUCAUCAACCUAGUAUUGUUAGGUUUACUGCAGAACCCUUGGAUAAACCAGGUCCCAGCGGACUCAGUGCGUCCCCAUUUGGCCAGUGUAAACGCAAGAUAGAUGCUGAAAUGGCAUUUGUCUGCCGCAGAGAGCCAGGGAUGCAUGGCCCAGUUCGGCUGGGGGCCCGAGCAGUUCAAGGAGGCCGCAGAGGGGUGCAUUCGCAAACCCUGGAGCUGCUUAGGCCUCCUACCAAACAGCUGAUAACGGAAGAGAAAAUGGCAGCUCACAUGCGACAGCUUCAUAUUAGCAAUUCAUAUACAUCCCAUGAGGAACCUGUGAUUGGCACAAUGGCUUCCAAACCUGAAUCAUCAGUUGUUGCUCCCACCAUUCCUGCUGAGGAACAAGCAUACAAGCGAUUGGUACUGUGUGAGGAGCUUCGCCAAUUGCAGAGUGAACCUUUGUUGCCACAAUGUCUUCUUACCAGUGUGCAAAGACCAUCAAUGGCAUUGGUAUUGUGGCAGCCACCCGCUGGCAAGGUUGGAGAUGUAUUGAGCAGGGCAGCAGCGUCCAGGGAGGAAGUGGGGGAGGAGGAGCGUAGACGGCAGCAACAGCAGCAGGUGCUGUCCACUCACUACCCCUCAGCCUCCCUUGACAACAACAAUACCAGCGGUACCAUCGACUUGAACACUGUGCACAGGUUUGGUCAGAGUAGCUUUGGUUCAGCAGCAGAUGCUGAAACUAUGGAUCUGUGAUUAUGUCAUAUACUGUGAGUUUGUUGGUGAGAAUGUACUGUGUUGCACAGAUUCAUUUUAAAUGUGUUGAGUGUGAGAGGCAGAUUUGUGCAUAAGGAUUAAUUUGAUUUGAUGAUUAAAAAAAAAAAUUUUGUUUUGUUUUUUAAAAUUUCUUCAUUGGGAAGUGGUGUGCUUUGAUAGAGUUGGCUAAAGGGCAAUUUUAUUUUAUUUUUUAUUUGGAAAUAAAUCUUCUCUUUCUGUAUAAGUUACAAUAUCAAAGCGAAUCCAAUGGUUUUGGUUGUAUAUUUGUAUUAAAACUUAAUGAUCAAAUUGAAGUUGUUCAUGGUGAAGUUAGAAUUAUUUAAAAUAUUUGUGCUUAAAGAUAUUAAUUUGAUGUUAGUUUCAUUAACUAAAUUUAAUAACAGUGCUGGAAAAUAGCAGAAAGAGAGCGUAGCAUCACAAAGUUAUGUGUAAUUGAAUUAAUCGAUAAUUAUCUCAGUGCUUAGUAAAUUUUAAGCACUAAAUGUCUGUGAAAUGAGUACAUUUGGAUCUUGAAGAUGGAUCUGGACAAAUCUGCCUCCUUUUGUAAAUAAAUGUGAUGUUAAUAAAAUGUUAUAUUUCAUGCAGAUUGUGUUUGUGUCUGAUUCCGUUGUGAUGGUCUUCCAUCUUAAUGGUGAAAAAUUUAAAUGCAUUUUCUCUGAGAUGUGUCAUCAGUCUGGCAAACAGUGUUGAUGUAUUUAUUUGAUUGAUUGAAACUAUAAAAAGUAUGUGUGAUUCCAACGUUUUUAAUUUCUGUAAAACUUCAUGAAGCAAGUGAGAAACUGAAUGGGAGGUUGAAAACAAGGAUACUAUUUUCACUACCUGAAUAAAUACUCUCUGUUACCUUCAUAGUGUGUUAUUUGGAUGUUCUCAUUACAUCGUUUUUCAUUAUUUAGAAGAAUAGUUGUCAACACCCAAUGUCAUACUUAGGCACUUAACAUAAUUUUGUAAUUGGUUUGAAAAAAAGUUGUUUUCUAAUUGUUUAGUUCUGCGAAAAAUUUAAUCAAUUAAAGAGUCGGUAAGCUUUAGUUUCUUAUUUCUUUUUGUUAAUUGAUGUUUUAUUAAUCAUAUUUUGUAUUCAAGGAGGCUUUUUCUUGUAAGGUCAUCAACUGGAUAUAAUAAAAUACUGUUGAAUACAUUUUGCUCACCAUCUUAUAUUAGAAACAUUAGGGUUUCUAUUGCUGUGUGUUCUGUAGUUGUGUGAAAAUAUGUUGUGAAAUAAAUUGUUCUUGAGAAUGGUUCAUUGAAUAGUGUGAUAGAUUGUUUUUUCUGAUUAAAAGUUACAAAGUUUUUAGUGUGUGCAUUUCUUGAUGUGGAAUGAUAGGAUUUGUCUUGGAAGAAAGUAAUGGUUGGUCGGAUGUUCAUAUGACUUCCACUGCCAUGCUGAAUUUCACACAGAGCCGAGCAUAAUAUUACUUGUGACUGCAAAUAAAUUAUACAUUCAGCUAUUAACAAAAAACUUGACUUAAAAUUAGAAAAAUAACAUUAGUGGACACUAGAAUAUGAUUGUAUUUACUAUGCACGAAGCUAGCAGUGGGAGUUUCAUUGAGUGUUGGGUGUUUUGUCUCAAGCUUUGCCUUCUUUUGUACAGUGUUUGAAUGUGAUGACACUGUUAAAUUGCUUUUUUUUAUAUAUAGUGUUAUAGUUGUUCAAAUGAAUAAAUUGUAGUUUUUACAUUUCA